GUCAGUAGAGCAACCGAGCCUGCAAUAUUUACACAAAAAAAAAGAAUUGACUGAUUAAUAGUAAUUAUUUAUUAAGUACGUCUUCGGUUGCGUUAUAAGAUGACGUAUGAAUUAUUUAUAAUUGAUCGAUCUCAGUAGUUACUAUUGUAGUUAUAUCUUAGAUUAAGGACUAUAGUUAUAGUGAUACUCGUAGCUCUGAGCGAUAUCACGCGCUAUGUUACUGGUGGCGUUUAUUGUCAUAUUGAUAAUAAUUAAAUUCGUGAUAAUUAUUUGGACUUAUUGCAAAGUAUCGAGUGGAAAGUGCAAGUUCAGUGGACAUUUAGUCGGAAAGGUGGUGAUAGUGACCGGUGCUAAUUCAGGAAUAGGCUUUGAAACAGCAAAAGAUCUCGCUCAGAGAGGAGCUCGAGUCGUUUUAGCCUGCAGGAGUUUACAACGAGGAGCAUGCGCAAAGCAAAUAAUAGAAACAUCUUCGGGAAACAAAGACGUUCGUGUUCUUCAGCUAGAUUUAGAAUCAUUCACAUCAAUCAGAAAAUUCGUCGAUAGUAUUUAUGAAACCGAAAAACGACUAGAUGUAUUGAUAAACAACGCAGGAAUGUAUGUGACUGAUAAUAAAAAGACAGACGAUGGAGUGCUUCGAGGAAUGCAAAUCAAUUACUUUGGACCAUUUCUUUUAACUUCACUUCUACUGCCAUUGUUACAAAAGUCUGCCCCGAGUCGCAUAGUCAACGUUUCAUCGUUUCUGCAUACACUAGGAAGAAUCGAUUUUGAUAACUUAAAUAUGGAAAGCUGCAAACACCAAGUUUAUCGAAAUGCAAAACUCUGCACUGUGCUAAUAACUACAGAACUAGGACGGAGACUCAAAGGGACAGGAGUUACGGCGAACUGUUUACAUCCUGGUAUUGUUAACACGGAAAUGAUAUCUAAUCUUAAUAAUAUUUUAAUAUUGGCAGUUUUAAGGUUAUUUCAAUCAUUUUUUAAGAAUUCAUGGGAAGGAGCUCAAACUUCUAUAUAUUUGGCUGUGUCGCCUGACGUUGAAAAAGUGAGUGGAAAGUAUUUUAAAGACUGUCACUUAGCAGAACUCACACCCAAAGCCCAAAAUAUAGAUGUUGCUCGUAAAUUGUGGGAAGUCUCAGAGAAAAUUGUAAAAUUAAAAUAAGAAUUUUUAAACAUGUUUUUCUUCCAUCUCAGAUUAUGAAUAUAAUUUUAUUUUAUUUUAAUUAGAGGACACUAAUUGGCAUGUAGGUUCUUCUUUAGAUCGCCCGCAACUAGGUACUAUAGAUCAUAUUAUUUAGUACCGCUAAUGGCUACAUAAAAAAUUUUGGUUACGGGCUAAUAACUCCAAAAAGCGACAGAAAAAAAAUACCUACAGGAAGUGUCAAAAUUAGGUAAUGAUAUAAUUUUUUAAAUUUUUGUGUCAAAUAUCAUAUCAAUAGUACCUACGGUUUUAGUCAUUAUUUUAAAGGUUAAACCUUGGUUAACCUUUUAAAUGCACCGGGUGAACCAUACUUGUUAUGACAGUUGACCCAUCGUGAGAAGUAAUUUUGUACGGACUAUAGGAUUCUUGAUACGAUGUGGAUGUGACUAAAUCAUAAAGCUCAUCAAUCAAAGGCUAAACAUUAUGGAACGUCAUACAUAUUAUGACAUUAAUCAUUAUUUUGUCUCUGCAGCUGCCAAUAUUUGAUCACUACUCACUAUGCGUUGAAUUCAGGUUGAAUCUGAAUAUUUGUCU